UCUUACACAAUUUGGUUCUCCGGUCACGAAUGAAUAAAAAUAGUAUAGAUUAAUCUUAUCUACAAAGAAAAUGAGUAGUGCAGACAAAAAAAAAACAGUCCAACACCAAAAUAAAAAAUGUCAUCUCUUCACUGGUUUCCCAAUUUCUUCAUCGUUUUCGUCGUCUUCUUCUCCUCACAUGGAAGCGGAAGCUCACAAGUUGUACUAGAAGAAGAAGAAGCCACAGUCGUUGGAUACGGCUACGUCGUUAGAUCAGUGGCCGUUGAUUCUAACCGGCAAGUUUUGACGGCGAAGCUUGAUCUGAUAAAACCAUCGUCCGUUUAUGCACCAGAUAUUAAAUCGCUAAGUCUUCAUGUCAGCUUGGAGACGAGUGAGCGUUUGAGAAUCAGAAUCACAGAUUCUAGUCAACAAAGAUGGGAGAUACCGGAAACCGUUAUUCCUCGUGCCGGAAACCACUCUCCUCGCCGUUUCUUAACGGAGGAAGACGGAGGAAACUCGUCGGAGAACAAUUUCUUAGCAGAUCCUUCAUCGGACUUAGUUUUCACACUCCACAACACGACGCCGUUCGGUUUCUCCGUCUCCCGACGCUCCUCCGGCGAUAUCCUCUUCGACACAUCGCCGGAUCAAUCAGAUUCAAACACUUACUUCGUCUUCAAAGACCAAUUCCUUCAACUAUCUUCCGCGUUACCGGAAAACAGAUCGAAUCUGUACGGUCUCGGAGAGCACACGAAGCGAUCGUUCAAGCUAAUUUCCGGUGAUACAAUGACUCUGUGGAACGCUGACAUCGGCAGCGAGAAUCCGGAUGUUAACCUUUACGGAUCGCACCCGUUUUACAUGGAUGUAAGAGGAUCAAACGGCCAUGAAGAAGCAGGGACGACUCACGGCGUUUUGCUGCUAAACAGUAAUGGAAUGGAUGUGAAGUAUGAAGGACAUCGGAUUACUUACAAUGUGAUUGGAGGCGUAAUUGAUCUCUAUGUGUUCACCGGACCAUCGCCAGAGAUGGUGAUGAAUCAGUACACUGAGCUUAUUGGAAGACCUGCCCCUAUGCCUUACUGGUCAUUUGGAUUUCACCAGUGUAGGUAUGGGUACAAGAAUGUUUCAGACCUUGAAUCUGUAGUUGAUGGAUAUGCAAAAGCUGGAAUACCUCUUGAGGUUAUGUGGACUGACAUUGAUUACAUGGAUGGCUACAAAGACUUCACUUUGGAUCCCGUGAAUUUCCCGGAGGACAAGAUGAAAUCAUUUGUCGAUACACUUCACAAGAGCGGUCAGAAAUACGUGCUGAUCUUGGAUCCCGGUAUUGGUGUGGAUAGCUCUUACGGGACCUAUAACAGAGGAAUGGAAGUGGAUGUUUUCAUCAAAAGAAAUGGUGAGCCUUAUCUCGGUGAGGUUUGGCCCGGAAAAGUAUACUUCCCCGACUUCUUGAAUCCAGCUGCUGCAACUUUCUGGAGCAACGAAAUCAAGAUGUUCCAGGAGAUUCUCCCUUUGGAUGGUCUGUGGAUUGACAUGAAUGAGAUAUCAAAUUUCAUAACUUCGCCUCUAUCCUCUGGAUCUUCACUCGAUGAUCCUCCUUACAAGAUCAACAAUUCAGGGGAUAAAAGACCGAUAAACAAUAAGACAGUACCCGCAACAUCUAUCCAUUUUGGAAACAUUAGUGAAUACGAUGUGCAUAACUUGUAUGGGCUCUUGGAAGCUAAAGCCACUCACCAAGCUGUGGUGGAUAUAACAGGAAAGAGACCGUUUAUUUUGUCGAGAUCCACGUUUGUAAGCUCGGGGAAAUACACGGCUCACUGGACUGGUGAUAAUGCUGCAAAAUGGGAGGAUUUGGCCUACUCAAUCCCUGGAAUCCUCAAUUUUGGUCUGUUUGGGAUUCCAAUGGUUGGAGCUGAUAUCUGCGGGUUUUCACAUGAUACCACCGAGGAAUUAUGCCGUCGAUGGAUCCAGCUUGGAGCUUUUUACCCUUUUGCAAGAGACCAUUCGUCCCUUGGUACCGCCAGACAAGAACUAUACCUCUGGGAUUCGGUUGCUUCUUCUGCAAGAAAGGUUCUCGGUCUCAGAAUGAGACUGCUCCCACAUCUCUACACAUUGAUGUACGAGGCUCAUAUCAGCGGCAACCCAAUCGCGCGACCACUCUUCUUCUCGUUUCCUCGAGACACUAAAACCUAUGAGAUCGAUUCCCAGUUUUUGAUUGGUAAAAACAUAAUGGUUUCUCCUGCGCUGAAGCAAGGGACGGUGGCCGUGGAUGCAUAUUUCCCUGCUGGAAACUGGUUCGAUGUUUUUAACUAUUCCUUUGCCGUUGGUGGAGAUUCUGGCAAGCACGUUAGGCUUGAUACUCCCGCUGAUCACGUCAACGUUCAUGUUCGAGAAGGUAGCAUUGUGGCUAUGCAAGGAGAGGCAUUGACGACUAGGGACGCCAGAAAGACACCGUAUCAGCUUCUAGUUGUAGCCAGCCGGCUUGAGAACAUCUCCGGUGAACUGUUUCUCGAUGAGGGAGAAAACGUACGGAUGGGAGCUGGAGGAGGAAACCGUGAUUGGACCCUCGUGAAGUUCCGGUGCUUCGUGACAGGAAAAUCCGUGGUACUGAGAUCAGAAGUGGUGAACCCAGAGUACGCGUCGAAAAUGAAAUGGAGCAUCGAGAAAGUGACGUUUGUUGGGUUCGAGAACGUAGAGAGCGUGAAAACGUACGAGGUUAGGACAAGUGAGAGAUUAAGGAGUCCGAGAAUCUCUCUAAUUAAGACGGUUUUGGACAAUGAUGAUCCGAGGUUUCUCAGUGUGGAGGUUUCUAAACUGUCGUUGCUUGUUGGAAAGAAGUUCGAGAUGAGAUUGAGAUUGACUUGAAGAAGUAUAUAAACCCAAUAUUGAUGGGGAAAUUGUGGAUGCUUAAUGAAUAAAAGGAGUGAAGAAGAGAUAAAAAGGAGUGAAGAAGAGUCAUCAAGUAAAGAAAAGAUUUCAUGAUUGUAUAAACUCCAAAUCACUUAAAGAAAUGCGAUUUGAUAAACCCAAAAUCAAUUAUAUAUAGUUUGGUCCAUUA